AUGGUUUUGCAUGCCAGUGCACUGCGAGCUUGUGUAAAAAGCGUUUCGUGUGUGAAAAGCGUUUCGUAUGUAAAAAGCGUUCGUAUGUCAAAAGCGUUUGAUAACACGUGA